AUGGAUUUGACCAACUGUACGAGAGUGGUAGAGUUUAUCCUGGUUGGAUUGCCAAGAGUUUGGGGACUCGAAGGUUUGAUGCAUGCUGGCAUCUUUCUGCUCUACCUCCUGUGUCUGAUGGGCAAUGGGCUCAUCAUUGUGGUGGUAAUUCUGGAUCACCAUCUCCAGAAGCCCAUGUAUUUCUUCCUUAGCAACCUAUCUUGCAUUGACAUUGGACACACCACAGCCUUUAUUCCUAAACUGCUGGUCAAUUAUGUCUCUGCAAACAAUUCCAUCUGCUUCUACUGCUGCAUAACACAACUGUACUUCUACUUUCUCUUUGGGGUCACAGAAUUUUUUAUCAUGACUUUGAUAUCCUUGGACAGGUACCUCGCUAUCUGCUAUCCCCUGAGGUAUGGUACAAUCAUGACUUCUGGGGUCUGCCUUAAACUAGCAAUAGGUGCCUGGUUGGGAGGUUUUUUCUCCAUUCUUUAUCAGAUAGUGAUGAUAGCAGAGCUACCCUACUGUACGUCCAAUGUUAUCAACCAUUUCUACUGUGAUGUGGGACCCGUGCUGAAGAUUGCAGGAGGAGAUAUACAAGUCAUUGAAGUGCUUGGUUUUCUAGUUACGGUGGUUGUGAUUAUGUCCUCCUUGCUUUUCACCCUCAUUUCUUACCUCUUCAUCAUUUCCACCAUUCUCCGAAUGUCUUCAACCACCAGACAGCAGAGGGCCUUUUCUACCUGUGCUUCACACCUGAUUGUAGUCUGCAUUUUGUACGGGUCAGUCUUUUUUGUCUAUUUAAGACCUACCGUCAAGAACUCUUCCUUCAGUAGGUUGAAGUCUGUCUCCAUACUGUACACCAUGGUCGCCCCGGUGUUAAAUCCUUUCAUUUACACCAUUAGGAACAAUGAAGUCAAGGAGGCAGUGAGGAAACUUUUAGAAAGAAAGGCUCCAGGUCUCCCAGAUCUCUUAGCAUAG